AUGCCGAAGAACAGCAAAGUAACACAGCGUGAGCACAGUAAUGAACAUGUCACCGAGUCUGUGGCCGACCUGUUGGCCCAUGAGGAGCCAGUGGACUAUAAGCACAGUGUCCUGAAUAUGGCCGGAGAGGCCCAAGACAAACAGAAGGACGUGGAGGAAGACCUGGAGGCUGAGGAUCGGCCUGCCUGGAACAGUAAGCUGCAGUACAUCCUGGCACAGAUCGGCUUCUCCGUGGGCCUGGGCAAUGUCUGGAGGUUUCCAUACUUAUGCCAGAAAAAUGGUGGAGGUGCUUACCUCGUGCCCUACCUGGUGCUGCUGAUCAUCAUUGGGAUCCCACUCUUCUUCUUAGAACUGGCUGUGGGCCAAAGGAUACGCAGGGGCAGCAUUGGAGUGUGGCACUAUGUGUGCCCUCGGCUGGGUGGCAUUGGCUUCUCCAGUUGCAUUGUCUGCAUCUUUGUUGGGUUGUAUUACAAUGUGAUCAUUGCCUGGAGUAUAUUUUAUUUCUUCAAAUCCUUCCAGUAUCCAUUGCCCUGGAGUGAGUGCCCUGUCAUUAGGAAUGGAACUACCACAGUGGUGGAGGAAGAGUGUGAAAAGAGUUCAGCUACCACCUACUUCUGGUACCGAGAGGCCCUGGACAUCUCCAACUCCAUCUCAGAGAGUGGGGGGCUCAACUGGAAGAUGACCCUCAGCCUCCUUGUGGCUUGGAGCAUUGUGGGUAUGGCUGUGGUCAAGGGCAUUCAGUCUUCAGGAAAGGUGAUGUAUUUCAGCUCCCUUUUCCCCUAUGUGGUGCUAGCCUGCUUCCUGGUCCGGGGGCUACUGCUACGGGGAGCUGUGGAUGGGAUCCUACACAUGUUUACUCCCAAGCUAGACAAGAUGCUUGACCCCCAGGUGUGGCGGGAGGCAGCUGCCCAGGUCUUCUUUGCCUUGGGGUUGGGCUUUGGGGGUGUCAUUGCCUUCUCCAGCUACAACAAACAGGAUAACAACUGCCACUUUGAUGCCGCCCUUGUGUCCUUCAUCAACUUCUUCACCUCGGUGCUGGCCACCUUGGUCGUUUUUGCUGUGCUGGGCUUCAAGGCCAACAUCAUGAAUGAGAAGUGUGUGGUCGAGAAUGCUGAGAAGAUCCUUGGAUACCUGAACACCAAUGUCCUGAGUCAUGACCUCAUCCCACCCCACGUCAACUUCUCCCACCUUACUGCCCAUGACUACAGUGAGAUGUACAAAGUCAUCAUGACUGUCAAGGAGGACCGAUUCCAGGAGCUGGGCCUGGACCCUUGUCUUUUGGAAGAUGAACUCAAUAAGUCUGUGCAGGGGACAGGCCUGGCUUUCAUUGCCUUCACCGAGGCCAUGACCCACUUCCCAGCCUCUCCCUUCUGGUCUGUCAUGUUCUUCCUUAUGCUGAUCAACCUGGGCCUGGGUAGCAUGAUUGGGACCAUGACUGGGAUCACCACACCCAUCAUCGAUACCUUCAAGGUGCCAAAGGAAAUACUCACAGUCGGGUGCUGCAUCUUUGCAUUUCUUGUGGGACUCCUGUUUGUCCAGCGCUCUGGGAACUACUUUGUCACCAUGUUUGAUGACUACUCAGCUACUCUGCCCCUCACUGUCAUUGUCAUCCUAGAGAACAUCGCUGUAUCCUGGAUUUAUGGAACCAAGAAAUUCAUGCAGGAGCUGACAGAGAUGCUGGGCUUCCGACCCUACCAAUUCUACUUCUACAUGUGGAAGUAUGUGUCCCCCCUGUGCAUGGCUGUUCUCACCACUGCCAGCAUCAUCCAGCUGGGUGUCACCCCACCGGGCUAUAGUGCCUGGAUCAAGGAGGAGGCUGCAGAACGGUACCUCUAUUUCCCCAACUGGGCCAUGGCCAUCCUGAUCACUCUCAUUGUCCUGGCCAUUCUGCCCAUCCCCGUGGUCUUCAUCCUCCGCCAGUUCCACCUGCUGUCAGAUGGCUCCAAUACCCUGUCUGUGUCCUACAAGAAGGGCCGGAUGAUGAAGGACAUCUCCAACUUGGAGGAAAAUGAUGAAACCCGCUUUAUCCUGAGCAAGAUGCCCAGCGAGACUCCCUCCCCGAUGCCCACCCAUCGCUCCUACCUUGGCCCAGGAAACACAUCCCCCCUGGAGAUGAGCAGUGCCCCCAAUGGACGCUAUGGGAGUGGAUACCUGCUGGCCAGCACCCCUGAAUCUGAGCUGUGACCACUGUCACUCUACUUCCCACCCUCUAUCCCUUACCUGCCUCUCUGGUCUACCUUCCUACUGCCCAUAUUCCUGACCGGUGGUGGUACCAUCCCCAGUUCAGCUGGGCAUGGGAUUCUCAGAGCCACCACCUUACCUCUUAGAAUCAUUCCUGGACCUUGCUCAGUGUAAGGAACAAGGGGUUUGGAACAUAUUCCCUUCCCCACUCUCCCCCAUUUGCCUGUCUCUGUAACUCCAUCUGGUCCCCUUCAUACCUCUAGCCAAAUUACACACCCUAGGAGGUGCCAUCACAACAGUUUAGGUGCUGUGGUGGCUGUGUCAGAGAUGACUCAGGAAUCUGGAUUCCCAGCCCAGCAGCUCUUCCAGGUGACUCCUGAGGCAUCUCUUUCACCUCUCUUCCUGUUUUCUGCCAACUCUGGUUGUCUCUUUCCUUGGUGUUUUCUUGCUCCUUACCUGGACAGAGCUUGACGAGGCAGUGACUCCAUUAAGACUGGAGGUUCCUCUCUUGGGACCAACAGGUUUUACACCACUGAUGAUCGGGGAGGAGGAUGCUCCCCAACAGACACAAGCAGUGAGUGGGCUAAAAGUCUGUCUUCAGGCCUGGUACUUGGCAGCCCCCUGGUACAGGGAGGCCUCCAAGGGUAUCUGUUCUGUGAGAGAGACCAGGGAAAUUGCCUCUGGAGGCUCAGAUAGUUGGCACAGGGUUCCCCUUACAUCUGAUCCUGGUGGGAGGAGAGGGCAAAGUGGUCAGCUGAUGAUGAAUGGAUUUCGUUGCUGUGUCUAAGAUCCGGAUGUAAUGUUCCAGCCACUGCCCUAAGUAUGGGAGGGGUUGCUCAGGGACCAGUAUAAGGUCUCCCUAGCUAUGGGGGGGAAGACAGAAGGUGAGCUAUUACAGGAUGCUGCUUUUAUUGUGUGUGUGUAUACAUGGACGCAUCUGUCCUGCUGCCUGUCUCAUCAUGUCUGUGAGAAUAGCCCUGACUGGGGUCAGGUCAGUGUCUCAGCUUGGGAAUGCUUUGCUUAGCCCUCAGGAUAUAGUGCUCUGAGUGGAGCCUGAGAGCAGUGGCCUCUGAUUCUCUCCAGUUGUGGGAGCAAGGACAAUUGGGAGUGAGGUGAGGUGGGGGCAGAAGGCUGCUCCCAAACUUGUUUUCGGAAGCACACUAUUUCCCCCUCUCCUACCCUCCCCCCAUCAUUCCAAGCAGGGGACAGUCAUCUCCCUCCGGCAGCUACUCCCUCUGGAGCAGGAGGGCCCUGGGAUCUGGGGAAUUCUCUGUGCUCCUAGGAGUGGAGGGGGGCUCUGGCCCAGGACCUUCCUUGCCUGUGAUUGGUUAAUUAGGCACAAGGUGGAGAAGUCCUAGGGUCUGGGGAAAAGAGUUUCAAUUUCACUGCCUCCUCAGCCCUGAUGGCCACUCCCACCCUGAACAAUCCCUUCAGGACUGUCUGAAUAAUCCCAGUGGCCAGUCUUUCCAGUGACUGCCCUCCCUCACCCCACCCCACCACUCCACUGUCACCAGCUUCCUCUCCACCUCCUCCCUUCUUCCUCUUCCUCAUCCCUUACUAUUUUAGAACCACUCCCAAGCCUCUUAGGUCCCAUCUUACAGGGAACUUAACAGAACCCCACUGUUGCAAGGAAACAUAGAUCCUGCCCUGAUGAGUUACCGAAUGAGUGAGUUCCUUUACCCCAGUGGCUUAGGAAACAGAACUCAAACUCAGGUCCCCUGACAACUCAUCUGGGGUUCUUUUAGCAACAUCAUGCCCAGUAUUAUCAUCCAGACUUGCCUGGUUGAGGGCUAGCUACCCCUAGGAAGAGUCAGGAUUUCUGAGCAUAAACAUGGAAUCACAGGACCUGAGUUCAAAUCCUGAUUCUGUCACUUGCUACCCAUAUAUCUCAUCUGUAAAAUAAGCGGGUUGGACUAUAUGACCUCCUAGGUCCUUUCCUGCUCUCAAUUCUGUGAUGGUGGUGGGGAGAAGGGAUCCUGGGAGUUGUGCAAUUAAAGAAAACAUCCGAAGUGCUUCAGAAUUGAAUUGGGAACGGAGUAUCUGUUGAAUGAAUUAACAAAUGAAUGAAUGAUUGAAUUGCCCCCAAACUUUCCCUGGCUUAGAAAGUGAUCCUCUGCCUUUAGAAACUUCCUCUAAGGUGAGCAAACUAGGCAACAGUGCUUGGUCCAGGUCCCUAGGGGAAGAACCUUGAAGUACCUUCCCUGGAUGUGGCCAAGUUUUCACUCAGGAUUGGGAGGGGACAGACUGAGCCCAGGGUCCCUUCCUCCUCUCUCCCUCUUCUGCACCUUGGCCAUCCACUUCCUUCUUCUCAUCUUUCAUCCUGCCCAUCCUCUCUUCUUUCAUGGUUCUUCCUUGCCUUUUUUCCACCUUCUCUGAGGGCUUCCUAUGUGAGAGGGCCUUAUUUCCACAGCAGGGUGAGUAUAUGAAUGAAUUUGCCCCAAUCUGCGGUGCCCUCGCCUCUCAGAGAUUGAUUACUCCUCCCUCUUCUCACCCCCACCCCAACCUUUGCCCUAUGCUUGUUUUUCAGCGAACUUAGGUAGGGAAAGGGAAAAUGUAAAAACCCGAGAGAGACAAUACAUUAUAUAUAUAAUAUAUAUUAUAUUCCAUAUAUUCUAUUUCUAUUGUAUAUAUGAACUGUACAUGUCUGUGUAAAUGCUGUUUAAUGAGAAGCCCAAAGCAGUAAUUAGUGGACUAUUUUCAUCCUCAGUGCUGUACAGAUAAUAUUUUCAUUGUAUAUUUGAUAUUUAUAAUUUUUUUUAGUGUUUGGCUGGGUCAGACCCCAGCCUGACAGCCUGCAGGGGCAGGGCACUGGGCUGGGUGGGGGGAGGGGGGACCAUUCUUUCGUUUUAUGUGGGGUUCAGUAUUGCAUUGUGACCAUUUGCUGUAGGCUGGGGCCCAGUUGCAGCUGUGUUGUUCUUGUGUGUUAUAGCCAUAGGGCUCAUUUGCUAGGUAAGUAGGAUGUCCCUGCCGGUGUGUGUUAGGAUUUGUGAUUCCUUGUGUCUACUGCUUUUCUGGGCCUCUUACCCACUCCUGCCUGCUGCUGUCCCACGCUAGACCUUGAAUUGAUGUAUUGGAAAUGAGGGAAGAAAAGGCCCCCACUGGUGGGGGUACCCUUUACCUAUUAGUUUUUUGCCUUGGGACAACAGAGGCCUUAGUCUACAGAGUGAAUUUUACCCCAGGGUGAUGUCUAUCUGUCUGUCUUUUUCUGUAAGUAGCCAAAGUGAGCUAGAGCUCCAUGGAUCCUGUGCGUUUAGAAGUGGUUUGCAUUUGUGUAUGAGCAGGAACAGGACUGAGCAGAGCAAGCCAUCAUUCCUGGCCACUGUUCAGAGACAGAGAAAACCCUGAACCUUGUCUUUCCACCAAAAACUUAGGUGCUCCCAUCAAAUUAAUAAUCCAUUUUAACAGAGAAUAAACUACUUGAUGUCACCAACUGAGGAAGGUCCUUUCAUCUAUCCCCGUGCCUCUGUCCUUAUUGAUGAUGACAGUGAAAUAAGCUUAGCCUGGCAGAUUGGCAUGAGUAUGUGGGAUGCAAGUUGAGGGAACCUCUGUUGUUCUUAAAGUGUUCCAGUUUUGUUCCAACUCCAGGAUCCCAUACUUACUGGGGACAAAGUACUAGGGUGGGGGGAAGAAGUACAGAGGCAGCCAGACUGUUUUUAGCCAAAACUCCAACUUUUCUCCUUGAUGGAACAGAAGAGUUUGGGUGAUAAGGGUGAAAGAUUGGCCUCUGGGGCCCUAGGAGACAGGUUCAUGGGAAUGGUGGGGGGGGGGGAUGCCUUUUGUGUCCUCUUAACUUCCCUGACUACUGCUUGACUUGGUAAAACACUAGCAUGGGGCCAGAAUUCACAUGGAAGAAGCCCAGGGUAAACAGACAGCCCCAAACAAAGCUCUCCCCUGACCCUUGUUAUUUCUACUUUCACAACCCUCCUUGGCAGGCCAGGGCUCACCUAGCCCACAUCUGGGAACCGUGGGCUGUAGCAGCACUGCGUAGAAAGACUGGGCAGGAGCUGAGCAAAUCCCUGGUUCCUUUUCUGCUCCUAUCACCAGCUUCUUGCUCAGGGAGAUUUUUCCUCCACCCCUCUGGCAAAGGCAGUAUGUCAAGCACUAAGCUAGACUCCCCUAAGGUAUAUGUGAAUGGGGAAGAGACCAGUGCCAGCUUGGAAGGGAGCAGCUGGGCACUGGGCAGGGUGAGGCUUCCCUUCCCUCCACCAUCUCCCCCCCCCCCCCCCCGAGCCAGAUGAGCCCAAGCAGGUGUGGGCAGGCUCCUGGCCCAGAUAGCUUUUGCUUUCUAGCAAUAAAUUCCCCAUAGUGCUGGGACAAGUCUGAUGUUAGCUACGUAAUUUGCGGCCUGUGAGUUGUUGUUAGAAGCUGCUGGUGGUCCUGGCCCCCAGUGCUUGCUGCAGUAUUACUAACUGGUCCCUGUGGCCACUACAUUCCAGCCCUCCUCCCCAUCCUUCAACCCUGUCCAAGAUUGUUAGCUUGCCCACCUGCUCUGAAUGAGGGGCAUUUGGUUCUGCCUCUCAGAAAUGCGUAACACCCUCCCCCCCACCCCCGACAUUAUUUCCUCAUCUCCCUCCCACCAGCUCAGUGAGCAUUCUAAAGUCCUUUCUCAGCUUAGGACACCAAGUUUGGCCCAGAAUUCUUUGCACAGCCUGGAGGCAGCUGAAGUGGUUUCCUGGAGGGAAAAAGCAAGCAAAUGCUGCAGGAGGAGAGGCCAAGCUCUUCUACCAGACCCUGGAGUUCUGGGGGUCGGAUUGUCUCCCAACUAGGCUGCAAACAUAGGACUGGGAUUGGGAGGAAGGUCUUCAAGGACAGACGGAGGCCGCUGUCUCCUCGCCCAGGUUCCAUUGCACAGAUAGUUAGAUAUAAGCACACAACUUACAGUCACUUGGUUUUCUAGUAAAAGUUGAAAUCGAAUGCAGCAGAUAUCAUCCCUCCCCUCUCCCACCCCCUCCCCCUGAUGUAGCUGGUCAGAGCUCUAAUUACAAGCUGCCCUACUGCAGGAGGAGGGAAUGCAACAGUCCCUCUGAACCCCCUGCCACCCCCUCAACGGGGCGCAAUAAAGUAUCUGUUCUUACCAA